UCAUCUCUCGCAAGCUGCGCCUAUCUGGACCAAGCUUAAACCGAUACCACCCUCCUCGGAGAACUAGUACAAUUCAAACGGUGCCUCUACAACCCCUCCUCUCUUCCCCGACAGACCCGAAACUAUAUAUCUACAGUCAUGGAGUCCAUCAAAGCCAUGUUCUGGAAGCCUGAUCCAGCAGCCCAACUCCGCAAAUGCGACCAACUGAUCCGCAAAAACACGCGCGAGCUGGACCGCCACAUCCGCGACCUCAAACUCCUCGAGACGAAGACACGGAGCCUCAUCAUCCAAGCCUCGAAGUCGCGCCAUAACGCGGCCCAGCAGACACGCAUGCUCGCCGUCGAACUCGUGCGGAUCCGUCGACAAUCCACGCGUCUUGCUACGUCCCGUGCCCAACUGCAGUCGGUCAUGAUGCAGGUCAAAGAGGCAUUCUCGGUGCGGAAGAUUGAGGGCUCGAUCCGCGCGAGUACUUCGGUCAUGAAGGAUGUGAACUCCCUCAUCCGUCUGCCGGAGCUCACGGGCACCAUGCGGGAGUUGAGUAUGGAGCUGGUUAAGGCAGGGAUCAUAGAGGAGAUGUUGGAUGAUACUCUUCCUGCCGAACAGGACUUCGAUAUGGACGAGGAGGUAGAGGGUGAGGUGGAUAAGGUGUUAAGCGAGAUCAUGGCCGGCAAGCUGCAGAAGACUGGCGAGGUGCCUAGCACGCCCCUCACUGAGCCGGAGGUCGAGCCCGAGCAAUUGGAGGAGGACGAAGCUGGUCUGGAGGAUAUGAGGCAGAGGUUGGCAAUCCUGAAAAGCUAAGGGUAUGAGUCGGCUGGAGUCUUGUUGCGUUGGUAUCGGCGCGUUGGGUGCGGGCUUACGCGUUUAUGGGUUCCUUUACUUGCUGCGUAUACUACAUUUCGUCUGUUGCUUUCUUUAUGGCUCUAAUGUUUCCCUUUAUCCGCGUGUGUGGUCCAUUUGCGUUAUACUGUCGCCGUCUAUACAAUUCAUGACAUUUACAUGCACAUCUGCUGUCUCCGGGCCGCGAAGUCAUGAUAAAGGUCGAGUACAUGUACACGCUGUGUAUGUUGUGUUGUAGCCCCAGGUGCAUGUACGGCGGACGAACAGCGAGAGACAGGUGGACUUGUCUAACGGGAUUUCUGUCAGCAGGUGUCUCUUCACGAUCGUUUAUGCAUUUCGUCCUCUUUUGCUGCUGCUAACUACAAUCUUCAGCAAUCUAUGUAUCUUCUGGCUAGCCGAAGGUUUCUUUCUCGCACUAGUAUCGCAGCUGCGAAG